AAAGAGCUAUUCUGGGGUGUGAGGUGGACGGCAGGGUGUGCCUCUCUGACAAGUGCAGGGGAGGUCAGCAUCAGAGGGGACCAGUAUCAGGACUCAGGCCUGUGUCCCAGGCUUCAUGUAUUCCACUUAGAUGUGGACAUACAGUGGUGGACUUUGUGUUUUAGACAAAAUCGGGAUUGUUUUCUAUGUUGUGCUUUAGUGCAUGUUUAAGCCUUUCUGGGGGCCUUCUGUCUGUGUGUCCCCAAGUGUAGCAGAUGGUAAGGAAGGGCCCUGAGGGCCCUGAACUUAUGCCAGGAGCGUGCUCCCCCUUGGAGCCUGGCCGUCCCCGGCUGGUCUGUGUUUCUGCCCAGCAGCUGGAAUGAGGCUCUGUCUGACUUCUCAGGGCUUCCGUGUGGACCUGCCCAUCAAGUCAGCCCGGUACCGAGGCCAGUACAACACCUACCCCAUCAAGCUUUUCUACACGUCCAACAUCCCCAUCAUCCUGCAGUCUGCCCUGGUAUCCAACCUGUAUGUCAUCUCCCAGAUGUUGUCGGCCCGCUUCAGUGGCAACCUGCUGGUCAGCCUGCUGGGCACCUGGUCUGAUACUUCCUCCGGGGGCCCGGCACGUGCUUAUCCAGUUGGUGGCCUUUGCUAUUACCUGUCCCCCCCAGAGUCUUUUGGCUCUGUGUUGGAAGACCCCGUCCAUGCCGUUGUGUACAUAGUGUUCAUGUUGGGCUCGUGCGCUUUCUUCUCUAAGACUUGGAUUGAGGUCUCAGGCUCCUCUGCAAAAGAUGUUGCAAAGCAGCUGAAAGAGCAGCAGAUGGUGAUGAGAGGCCACCGAGAGACAUCCAUGGUCCAUGAGCUCAACCGGUAUAUCCCCACCGCCGCGGCCUUCGGGGGGCUGUGCAUCGGGGCCCUCUCUGUGCUGGCUGACUUCCUGGGCGCCAUCGGGUCUGGAACCGGGAUCCUGCUUGCUGUCACGAUCAUCUACCAGUACUUUGAAAUCUUCGUCAAGGAGCAGAGCGAGGUCGGCAGCAUGGGGGCACUUCUGUUCUGAGCCGGGUCUCCCUGGAGCGGAGCGGAGGCAGCUCCAGCGUUGCGGGGGCUGGAGGAGCGGCCCCUCGCUGUGGGAUUGCUCGUCCCAGGGAGCGCGCUGUGGCGUACAGGCUGCCUCUUAGUAUUGGUUUUGAGUUCCAUGUUCUUUCAUUCCACUUUGUAAAGUGCUAGACAUUUUCCAAUUUGAAAUUUUUCUUUCCUUCUGGCAUUGGCAAGAGGAUUGCAAAAGUGAGAUUUGAUUCAGUGCCUGCCAGAGGUGGGGAUGGUAAAUGUCCCCCAGCAUCCAUGUAACUUUUGUUUUAACCUUUGCACCUUCUCAGUGCCCUAAGUGGCCGCUCUGGCCUCUGCUGUUUCCCCAGGCAGGGGAUGUCCUGUUAGAAGCACAAACACUGUUGAGAAACGUCUACAUUUGGUCCCAGUGGUAGGGCUUGAGGCUGGGAGCACCCGUGCAUUUCCUGGUGGAUGCAGGUGACUCACUCACGGGGCCCCCUCCCAGUCUGGAGUAGGAAUAUCCGGCUUAAAACUGCUUCUCUGGAAGACACAGUUGUUUUCCCUUUUAUAAGUAGUUUUAGGACAGCUUUUUCCAAAAGAGAGGGAGACAUUUCAGAAGGCACUCAGGCCAUCUGUUAAUUUUUCUGCCUGUGCCUCUUGGCUGUUCUCAUUGACUGUUGAAGUGAUGUCUGCCUGUCCAUGUCUCCUGGGCGUCACUGACACACCUCCCACAGUUCACUCACUCCUCCCUCUUGCCCCUAGAGAGGGAGGCCCUGGGGCAGGCACUCAGACUUGAAGGACAGCACAGUGGCGUCACAGGCCACUGGUACCUUCAGGUGAAAAUGUCCCACUUAUAUUUUUAGAACUUUUUUAUCAUGCUUAGGACCAAAUGCAGGUAAAGUAAAUAACGAGAUGACACCUAUCUCCUCUCAGCUUCCACGAGAUGACACCUAUCUCCUCUCAGCUUCCACUAGAACUGCCCAGCAGAGAGGAGGGUGCAGGCCUGAGAUCUGUGGUAAAAUGAGGGUUAGAGAAUUAGUUUGUUGGGUAGGUUGCUCCAUAAUUUGAUAUAAAAAGACUCACAGUUAUGUCUGAAAUAAGUUUUGUCCGCAAUAACGGGUGAUUUAGAUCUUAGGAAUGAAAACUUUCCUGUGACCCUCAGGCCCCUCGGGACAGGCAGUGCAUGGUGGCCGGAAGCAGAGUGGGCACCAUGAAUCGGGGGUUCCUGCUGGAGGGUGCCCCAGUUCUGAGGGAGUUUGGGGGUAACAGCAUCCCCCUGCACAGACACCUGCCCCAGCAGGCACGGCCUCCAAAGCAGAGCCAGGUCACCAUUCAGCACCUGAGUCAGGAGAUCCCCUAGGGGGCCGCACUGGCAGCACUGAGAGGGAAACAGACCAGCCCAAGGACCAGAAGCAGCUUGCUCAGAGCCACCCAGUGGGCAGUGGCAGAAUCAGGAUGGGCCUGGCAAGCUGCCAGCUCCCAGUCCAGGGCACACCGCCAUAUCACACAUGUGGCCUUGUCAGACCCAGUCCUGAGCAGAGACCUGGUGCCUCCUCAACACAUGGUCUGUUCAGCCCCAAACCACUCUGGGCCCUGCGUGGCUCAGGUCCUGGUCAGUAGUCAUGGUGGGGGCUGACCCUGGCUUCCAGGGGACUGUCACUGUGGAUGCCAAAAUGGCAUAAUUGAGAUAAGGUAAAUACGUGACUAAUAAAGCCAACUUUUUACAAGA